CAACAUGCUUUGGCUAAACACAACUCCACACCAGUUACAAGCUUAUCCUUGUCAUAGAUCUCUUCUCAACCAACCAUGAAAAUCCCUCCAAAAGGUUUUGUUUUAGGAGUUGCACUUUGGGUGCUAUUGUUCUCAAAACCUUGUCUCACAGUGUUUGUAAGCAUUGAUUGUGGAUCCUCACAAUCUUCCACUGAUGAAAACAACAUAAGAUGGAUUGGAGAUGAUGACUACAUUCAGCAUGGAGAGUCUCAUCAGGUUUAUCUUGGUUCUAACCCAUUGAGCACUCUGAGGGUGUUCCCAGGUAGAAAAAAGAGUUGCUAUUCCAUCAGAGUUGGAAAAGGAGAAAAAAUUCUUACUAGAGCAAGCUUUUACUAUGGCAAUUAUGACGACAAAUUCUCUCCACCAGUGUUUGAUCUUCAGUUUGAUGGAAACUACUGGGCCACUGUCAACAGCUCAAAUUACUAUUAUGUUGAUUAUGAAGCAAUAUAUGUAGCAAAGGGAAACUUCACCAGCAUAUGUGUUGCUCAAACAAAGCCUAACCAGUUUCCCUUCAUAUCAUCCCUUGAAGUACGUAGCUUGGACCCCACAAUGUACAGUCACGUUGAUCCAAAUCAUGCAUUGAUUUUGCAAUGGAGAUAUGCCUUUGGUGGAAAUCAAACUAUUAGGUACCCAGAUGAUGCUUUUGAUCGAAUAUGGGCGCCAUCAUAUGGUAUAGGCCUUUCUGAAGUGAAAAGUGAGGCUUCAGGCAUUGACAGUAGCACAACAGAAGAUCAUCCACCACAAGCUGCACUUGAAAAUGCUGUUAUUUCCUCAAGCACUACACAAUACAUGCAGUUCAUCAAUAGGCUGUCCACAGAGGAGCUUCCUAUUUACAUCACUGCUUACUUCUCAGAAGUGAAUGAAAGUGCAGUUGGCAAAAGAUCCAUUCAGAUGUACAUAGACAACAAGCCCUUUUUAAGUCCAAUAGUUCCUCCUUUUGGAAGUGUGAAAGAAGUGUUCAUCACCAACAUGACAGCUUCAGCCAAGACUUCAUUUACUCUGCAAGCUUCAAACACCUCCACCCUUCCUCCUUUACUCAAUGCUCUUGAAGUUUAUACCUUAAGUGAUACAUUAACUGCAGGAACUGAUAACAGAGAUGGUAAGUGUGUUCUUGGUGACCCUUGUCUUCCAUAUCCAUAUAACUGGGAUUGGAUACAAUGCAACACUGAUGUCAAACCAAGAGUGAUUGCAUUGUAUCUUACUGGUUAUAAUCUGCGAGGCACACUUCCGGAUUUCAGUUCCAUGAAUGCACUUGAAAUCAUUUAUCUGCAAAACAAUACCAUAGAAGGCCCCAUUCCUGAUUUCCUUGGACUUCUGCCUAAUCUCAAAACAUUGAAUUUGUCUAACAACAGGUUCAAUGGUUCCAUACCCACAUCUCUAAAGAAUAAAAGUAUUGAACUAGUUACAACAAAUAACUGCCUAUCGGGAAUGAAGUGUCAACCUCUAAGUGAUACUCCAAGUAAGGUUCUUCCAUCACCACCACCACCAGGACUUCAGUUUGUUUCAGGCGAUGAAGCUUUGGGAAGUGGAGCUGAGAAAAUUAUUAACAAUCUAAACAUGGCAUUGAUAGUAGCUAUGCAAACUCUGCUGUUACUAAUUAAUAGUGCUGCUGUGCACUUUUAGACCCAUUCCCAUGCAUUGUUAGUAUUAAUAUCUAUUUUAGAAAAUACUAAAUCAGUGUUUAUUGGAAAUUUGUUUGAGUGUACUUUGUUUGUUAUGAAUAUAUUGUAUCCUUUUGUCGUUAUGAAUGAAGAA